GGUCGACUUGAUUAUGCAUGUCUGUCACCCGGUGACUGAACUCCCGGGCCUGUGGUAACAUCACAUCGCUUGUCUCGCUCUGGCGCUACCCACCGCCAAUCAAUGCCCGCUCUGGAAGGCUGCUGCGCCUGGAAACUCUCUUUUUCCCUUCCCGUUCCCUCCUAUUCUCUUCUCGUUGGCUCUAUUCUCAGCCGUCCCUCCUCCUUCACUGGCCAGCAACGUCAGCCCGGAAGCAACCUUUCGGGCUUUUUUUUUCGACCACUGGCAACAGCCGCCUGCCCUCCAGCCCCAUCGUUUUACGGCCAUUUUCCGGACUGCAAGGCCAAGGUGUGUGUGUUUCUAAAAUGAUGAUGAUGAUGAUGCCACCUGGCCGUGUAGUGUAGUCAGUGCACACACACCAUUCACACCCGCUCUGCCACUGCCACUGCCACAACCUCGACGCCUCCACACGCUUCUUUUCAGGAAACGGCCAUCAGCUCUCCGAGUCUAAAGGAAACUCAGCUGCAAUCUGCACGCGCGCCUGGGGUGAGUAGGGCAUGUGGCUGCAGCCUGCGCCAGCGCCAGCGCUGCUGCACGUCGGUGUCGUGACUUUUGUUUAUUCAUCGUGCUGCUCGGCGAUGAUCUGGAUGCCGAAAGCUGCCCGCAUACUUGGCAUGCUGAUCAUGAGAUACGGAGGCUCGACCAAUGCCUUUUUUAGCUACUUUCUCUUGCUCUCGCUUCUCCUCUGGCCCAGAAUACGGCAUGCGGUCGCGAGUCGCGCCUGCAGUCGACGGGACCCUGCCCUCCCCUGGUACAUCCUCUCUCUUAUGCGCUACCAGGUUUUACCCUGAAGGCCUUCUCCCAAGAUAGGUCGAUGGCGCCAUGGCUUGUACCUCGGUCCUCGUGGCCCCUGACUUGUGGGUGGAUACGGUACCUUGACUAUGACAGAAGAGAGCCUGGCAGCUCUGGUAGCUCUCAAAAGUGGGUGUUCGUGCCCCAGCCCAGCCCAGCCCAGCGCACCCUGCCCUCCAGACGGCGGCGGAUGGAGAUCGUGGCGUUCCAGGGCCCAGUUUGCUGGAUCUGCCACGUCGGUCCACUGAUUCUCGAGAAAUGACGAAAAGAUAGACAAGACACAAAAGAAGAUAGGAGAGAAGACGAAAAAUAGAUCGAAAUAAAGAAAAGCAAAUGAUCGGAAAGUGCUGUUUUUUUCGUAUGUUCUGCUGUACUGCUGGCUUUGCAUUUGCUGGGGUCCCAUAUUGGUCGUGGCCUGUCUGGUC